AUGAGAACCCAUACUGGUGAAAAGCCAUAUAGAUGUGAAAUAUGUGGGAAAGGGUUUAGUCAAACCUCUUGCUUAAAUCUACACAAGAGACAUCAUACUGGUGCUCAAGCUUUUACAUGUAGUGUUUGUGGUAAAGGGUUUACCCAGAAGAACUACUUUCAGGCACACGUACAUAUGCAUUAUGGGAAAUAUCUGUACAGAUGUAAUGUGUGUGGUAAAGGAUGGUGUACGGAUAGUGACUUACAAAAACAUAUCAGGGUACACACUGGUGAUAAACCUUAUAAAUGUGAUGUAUGCGAUAAGAGGUUUAGUUCAAGUAGUUCACAUAUUACACAUAUGAAAACACAUACUGGUAACAAACCAUACAAAUGUGAUUUGUGUAACAAAGAAUAUGCUCACAAAGUUUCCUUACAGAUACACAUGAGAUCACAUACUGGGGAAACCCCUUUUGAAUGUGAUGUAUGUGAUAAAAGGUUUACUCAAAAAACGCAUAUGAAAAGACACAUGAGAACACACACUGGUGAAAAACCUUAUCAAUGUGAAGUUUGUAAGAAAGAGUUUAAUGAGGGAUACCGCAUGAGGAAACACAUGAGAACACAUCUCGAUGUUUGAACCUUAUUUACUUAUGUGAUGAUAUUAGUAACAGAUAGAGACACAUGAAAGAACUCUCUAGAAAUAACAUGUCAUCAGUUUAGUGUUACUUUUAUGUCGAGGAAUAGGUCAAUAGUAUAAAAUACUUACAUACAUUAUGUGGAAAGCGCCAUAUGACUAGAUAGAUUCAAGAUUGAAAAAAAUGACUCGAUAAUUUCUUGCUUAAGACAUGUAAGAAAAGCGAAACAAUUUCUCAAUUAAAAUAUUGUAUUCGUUUAAAUGUUGUCUAAUUUCAUAUUUACAAUUUAUUGUUUAUUCAUUUGCUUGCUAUAUAUGCUA